GUCACUGGGGUAUAUUAUUUAUUUUUAUUUUUCAGGUUUUAAAAUUUUUUUUAUUAUUAAAUCAAUCUCGUCUAAUUCAAUGUCUUUUCUUCCCUAUGAGGAAAGAUCCUCACAUUCUUUAAAAAACAAUAACACAAUCAAAACUCCUGAGGGAGUCACAAACGAAUUUUAUAAAAAUCCUGAGGGAUUCCAUUAUAUUAAUAUGCUCUCAACAGAGAAUUCUCCAACAUUCACAAUUUUUCGGGCAACUCGGUAA